UAUGUUUCUUUAUUGAGUGGGCCAACUGCAGUUCAGGCCCAAACCAAAGCCCAAUUCCCAUGUCUGCUAGGGUUGAAGGGUUUUAAUUUCUGGAGAGAGAUAUAAAAUGGAGUCGGCAGAACAGAAGAGGGAGACACACAGACGCAGGAGAGGGUUCUGUACAAGAGGAAAAGAACACCCAGCCGCCCACAUCCCAGCAACCCACAUCUGUUUAUUACCAGCAGCAGAAGAGGACAGCCACACAGAGAGACGCGAGAGGAGAAGCCGCCCAGCCGCCCAGCCUUCUUGCCAUCCGCAUCUGUUGUUCACCAGCAGAAAGAAGAAGACACAGAACCGCACAAAUCUACUCUGCGAGUUGAGAACGCAAGACCCAAAUCCGAUUGCAGAAGAACCACGCUACCGCCCAGCCUUGCUUCCCGACCACAGAACACCAUUCGGCCAAUUGCAAUUCUUCAUAGUUUGGGUUUUGUUGUUUCUGAACUUUUUACUAUGAUUUUCUGUUGGGAUUUAUUAUUUUUCAUGGCUGUUGAGAACAUAAACAUGUGUGGCUAGAUUCCUUUGAACUAGGGAUGGAUAGAUUUUAAUUUUUGAAGUAUGUGACUGUUUUUGUUAGUUUAAUUCAAGAUUUAUUGGUUAUUUGCAUGAUGAGUUUAUAUUAUUGAACUUAAUGCAUUGAGAGCUUGAUCACCUUUCAAUUGAUUUGGUGAUUUAUGCAUGAACUUGAGAAAGAAUUGCGUAGAUUAGACCAAUAAUAAUAUAAACAGCGUGCUAGACUAUGAGACCGAGAGGUAAUUAGCUCACAUGUGGUAGUGGAGGAAGAGAAGAGAGUUAGUAGCUCUCCCUUCUUAAGCUAGAGGUUUCCAUAGAAUUUAAUGCUCAUUAGUUUGUUUAAAAUUACAUAGAGAUAUGAUUAAUUUAGCAAACAAAUGAAGGAUUAGCUUGACUUGAGAAAGCUGGUUAAUUAAUUUAGGGAAAUCCGCCAUCUCAUGCAAUAACACUAUUAUUUGAACUUAAAUUAAAUUAAUGAAACAGUUGCAUAAUUCAGAAUUAAAUGAAAUCCAAACCCUAGUUCUUUCUCAUUCAUAGUUUCUUUAAUUUAGAAAAUUCUUUAGUUUAAUUUUCUUUAGUUUACUUAGUUUUCUUUUAAAUAGUUUAGUUCUCCCUAUUAAUUGGUUAAUUCAACUUAGGUUAGAUUAAUAGUGUCU